ACUAAGAAGCAUAUAUGAAACAAUUAUUUAUAUAUUUCUUAUAACUCGUAUUUACCUCAAGGUUUAGAUAUUUUUUAGUACAUGUUACAUAUAUAAUUACCUAAUGCCAUUGGAUCAACAAGCCCAUAGGCUUAGACCAGGUCCCCCUCAAUUGCCUCCUUUGUUCAAAGGGCAAGAAAUUAGAUCAGGACCAUAUACUACCAUAGUUACCGAUGAAAUGGUAGCACGAAGAGAACGAGAAAAUCUAGAGUUGUAUAACGCAUGGCUUGAGCAACAAAGAAGAAGAGAAAUGGAUCCAGAUGACGAUGGUUCAGAUUAUAUAGGCGACUUUAAGCAAGAUAAUGUGAGAAGAAAUUUCAUUAGAAAAGUCUUCUGUAUCUUAACGCUUCAAUUAUUAUUUACAACUGGGGUCAUAGCUUGUUUCCUAUUUGUGGAUGAGGCAAAAAAAUUUAUGAUAGUCCAUUGGUAUUUGUGGAUUAUUGCUCUGGUAUCCUUUACUAUUUCUUAUUGUGCUGUGUCUUUUUCUCCAAGUGCUAGACGUAAAACACCUUGUAACUACAUAUGGCUAUGUACAUUGGUAAGAUUUUUAAUUAAUUGUUCUUUCACAAGAAAUAUUAAAUGCUAUUAUUUUCAGACCAUAGCUAUGUCAUAUCUAGCUGCUUUUGCAUCUGUUUUUUACGAGAUUGAAACAAUUUUACUGGCAUUAGGUAUGACAACAUUAAUUACACUAGUAGUAGGUUUUAUUGCAACAUUUUCAAAGUUUGAUUUGACAAUGAGAACUGGACUUAUGAUGAUUCUUGGAAUAGCUUCUAUUGUUGCCAUUUUUGUGAUGAUGAUAGUUCUGAUAUUUACAUAUAUAAAAGUAUUACACCUAUUAAUUUCAGUCAUAGGAAUGAUCUUAUUAUCAAUGUAUCUGUACUUUGAUGUGCAAACAAUCAUGGGUGGAAGAAGGAUAGAGAUACAUCCUGAUGAGGUAGUAUUUGCAACUGUGCAAAUUUAUGUUGACAUUGUUUUGUUAUACCAAUAUGUUUUAAUGUUCAUGGGUGUAGUUCAUAAUCCGUAAAUAUUUAAAAUAAAAGUGUAUUUUUAAGAAAUAAAUACACUAUGAACUUGAAAAUGACAUAUCAGAUGUAUAAUCUUCUUUAUGUAUAACAGAAUUAUUUAUUAUUCAGAUUGAAGGAAUCAGUUGAAGGAACAGUGUAAACAUUUUAUUGUAUGUAAUACACUUAACAAUACUUGUGUUUGGUAGUACAGUCACUAGUAGUAUAACACAGUUGCUAAGCAACUGUUUGUCAACAAAGAUACUACCUGUCUAACCUAUUGCAUACUCAAGUUUUUGUUACAAAAACAAAAAACCAAUAAAUGUAGACAAUUGUCAAGGGCAGUAUUGCAAUAUAAAUCAGAUGGAAAAAUAUUGGAUAUGCAAGCAAUUAAUGUACCAUAUAAAUAUACAGGACAAGGUAUAGCA